AUGACUGACUUGGACGGAGCUAGCCCAAAGCCUUUCCCCUCCCUCGGAGCCCCUGAUGCGGAGGGGAGGCUUGUGGACACCGGUAACUUGCUUGAAUCCACAGACGGCGUGGCUGGUUUUCUCCCGUUUAGACGAUGGGUGAAAAGUUUUCGAGAGAAACGAUACUAUCCCCGCCAGAAUGGUCAGAGAUACGUUGAAGGCUGGUCUGAUGCUUCAUCAAACCGCGGUGAAAAUGCCUUGAAUCUUGCGACACAGGAGCUGCAAUGGGAGGCAGUAUCAAGACAUUCUUCUCAUCUGGGCACAGUUAAAACGAACACAAUGAGUAUCGCAAGCCAGAGUGUCAUGAGAUCAAGAGGUGCCACCCAAAGUACGACAAAUUAUAGUAGCGCCAAAUCGGAGGUGCGACAGUCCACGGAGAGUGCAAGGCCUGUGAGCUGGGUUAUGGAUGAAGAAGCACACAACCGAGCUCUCAAACGACGCAGAGCUCUGCAAGAGAUAAUAGUCACCGAGUCAGACUAUAUCCUUCUCCUUUUUUCAACAAGACUGGAGAUUUAUCACAACCUUCAACUGAUACGCGGGAUACACGAUGCCUUCUUGAAUCGAAUACGGACCUUGACGCCUAUGUCUUGCCUUCCUGGGAUGGAGCUUGACCAAGCAAUAUCCAACAAAGUACCGAAACACCCCAAUGCAGUCGAUCUUAGUUUCAAGGCUUUUCAGAACAGAUCGUCGAGGACACGCAAUCCUAACACAAGGCUAAACCUCCGCAUCAAAGCAGUCACUGCAGAAACCAGCGAGGUGCUAGAGGUCGCCCGUGAGAUUGACAAGUUGUCGACGUCAUUCGUAGUAUAUCGAGAUUUCUGCAGCCACUACGAGCAGCUUACGCAAGAUAUGGAUCUCUUACGUCGCUCAGCACCCAAUUGGCCCAUCCUCGACCAGGGCAUCGAAGCUCUAUCAAAGUCAGUGGCAUCUAUGGAAAGCCGGACCCUCGAGCCAAACAAAUCCAUGUCUUUGAACGAUCUUCUUAUAAAGCCUAUCCAACGGCUUUGCAAAUACCCACUGCUGCUUCAAGAGCUGCUCAAAUGGACCCAUAUCCAGGAUGAUCCAUCUGCUCAUGAUGGCAUACGAGAAAUUUUGGAGGGUGUACGUGCCACGGUUGCUCAGAUCAACGAAGCCCCUAGCAACCCGAUUAAUAAGAGGCUCACCCAUCAAACUCUUUUGCUGCAAGAUAUGUUAGAUCUUCCCAAACAGACGACCGUGCAUAAUGUAUAUCGUCAACUGGGGCCAAUAGGUCUUUGUGGUGUACUCCAUGUGACCUAUCAAACGUCCAAUCAUCUGACGGGUGGUUAUAUGGUCUGCGUUCUAUUCAAGAAUCAUUUCCUCCUUGCCAGAGUACACGAUGAUUUCCGAAGGCUUCAGGCAGUGAUGUGUCUGUAUACUUCUGAUGUAAAAAUUGACACACCAAGGAACGGACAAGGUUUAUCUUGCCAUAAGUGUUACUUUUCAUGGAAGCUAGUCUUCCACCACGAAGACAAAAGGUUCGAAAUUGUUUUGAGUGCCUCGAGUGCCAACGAGGAGAAGUUAUGGAAAACCGGGCUGCUUAAAUCUGUGGCAACAUCGGCUGAUGUGCAGAGACCAGUCUCUUCCGAGCAAAGUAAAUAUUGCUUCUUGUCUUUGGAUCUCCAGCCGCUGGAUAGUCCCUGCUAUCCGGAGGCUUUCAUAGUCGGCAGGUCUCCGAUUCAUCCAUUGUCAUUCCCCCGGACAGAGUCCAAUCUACAGCACGUAAUUAUCAAAAAGACUCAUUGUCCACACAAACUCGGGACAGCCGAUGUUGAGUCCGAAGGGGUAACUGAGCGGCCGAAAACGCCUUCGUUACCACCUCUGGUGCUGACGAGCAGGAGGCAGGAGCGCGUCCGGCUAGAACGGGUAAUUUCACCCAUAUACACGCGCGAUUCCUUGCCUUAUCCGGGAAUGAUACUGACGAAGGGCGAUAUUCUGUUUGGGUCUGGAUCGGUUAUGAGGCGGCUCAGCCUCCGUCCCGGGAUACACAGGCGAUCCAGCUCUGCACAUUUGCCUAGUCGCAGAAUGAACGAAGAACAUCAUGAAAAGGAGGAAACUCCAGACCACAGCCGUCGAGGUGAAAUGACGCAACGCAAGUCGGAAUACGAUCUCGAGAGAGGGCGUAUUCUACCGGGUUACAACUUCGGAACAAUUGGGCGGAGCAAGACAUUGAGGCGCAAAAGCAGCUCCAAGCAGCCCUCGAGCCCUGAUUCGCAGAUAUGCAUUAGCAAGGGGGAAGGAAGCCAUGAAAGUCUCGAAAGCCCCUCGGUGAAAUCCUCCAUCCGAACGAUAUUCAACUCGAUGUCUCUACGAAGGGCAAGGAGGAACCCCCGUAUGGGCUUGGCUGGUGGAGGGGGAUGAUGCAACCAGUAUGGGGGCAGGCUGCAGUAUUGCAUCAGGAGCAUGACAUAAGAGGCCUAGACGACGUUACUAUUUUAUUCAUCUCGAUUCGAUGGCGGCGGGGCGUGGGCUGAUGAUGUGGUGCUUGGCGAGACGUAAUGACAAUCAAUACUAGGAGAAGAUUGCAAUAGGUGAGGGAAUUCGGAUUCCCAGCCGAGCAAGCUCUCCACCGGUGUGCGACAGAGGGAAAGAAGUGGUCCAUUGAAUGGGUUGAGGGCCCCAGUUGGAUGGAUCCCUUGCAAGCUUGCAAGAGGGAGUCGUGCGCAGUAGCCGGGCAGAGCUAUGACGUCGAGGGUUGGCCGCAUCUUCCACAUCCCACCAGAAGUUCUAGCAUUUAAAGGCUGUCUCGUCGAGGUUUUACGGUAGAACAAUUUCACAGAAGCAUUAUC